UCUCGGCAAGAAAUGCAAGCCGGAAGCGCAGGAGGAGCCCCUCUUCGUGCCAGCGGGGUGAGCCUCGAAACCAAGGAUACAUCUGGGGUGUCAAGGCUGAGAGAGAACCAUCUGAAGUAUCACUGGAAAAAGCUGAGGAGCAGCUGCAGGAGCAGAAACUGAGGAGUCAAGAUGGAGAAAAGAGUAAAGGAGAGACAAACUCACACAGGAGACAAACCUUUCAAAUGCUUGGAGUGUGGAAAGAGCUUCAGUCAGAGCAUGACCCUUAGUUCGCAUCAAAGAACUCACACAGGAGACAAACCUUAUAAAUGCUUCAAGUGUGGAACAAGUUUCAAUCAGAGUAGCAACCUUACUUCACAUCAAAGAUGUCACACAGGAGACAAACCUUAUAAAUGCUUGGAGUGUGGAAAGAGCUUCAGUCAGAGCAUGACCCUUAGUUCGCAUCAAAGAACUCACACAGGAGACAAACCUUAUAAAUGCUUCAAGUGUGGAACAAGUUUCAAUCAGAGUAGCAACCUUACUUCACAUCAAAGAUGUCACACAGGAGACAAACCUUAUAAAUGCUUGGAGUGUGGAAAGAGCUUCAGUCAGAGCAUGACCCUUAGUUCGCAUCAAAGAACUCACACAGGAGACAAACCUUAUAAAUGCUUCAAGUGUGGAACAAGUUUCAAUCAGAGUAGCAACCUUACUUCACAUCAAAGAUGUCACACAGGAGACAAACCUUAUAAAUGCUUGGAGUGUGGAAAGAGCUUCAGUCGGAGUGACCACCUUACGGUGCAUCACAGAACUCACACUGGAGGCAAACUUUACAAAUGCUUGGAGUGUGGAAAGAGCUUCAGUCAGAUUAGCAACCUUACUUCUCAUCACAAAACCCAUACAGGGGACAAACCUUUCAAAUGCUUGGAAUGUGGAAAGAGCUUCAGCUGGAGUAGCACCCUUACUUCGCAUCAAAGAACUCACACAGGAGACAAACCUCAUAAAUGCUUGGAGUGUGGAAAGAGCUUCAGUCGGAGUGACCACCUUACUUUGCAUCACAGAACUCAUACUGGAGACAAACCUUACAAAUGCUUGGAGUGUGGAAAGAGCUUCAGUCAGAGUAGCAACCUUACUUUUCAUCACAAAACCCAUACAGGUGACAAACCUUUCAAAUGCUUGGAGUGUGGAAAGAGCUUCAGGCAAAGUAGGACCCUUACUUCACAUCAAAGAACUCACACAGGAGACAAACUUUAUCAUCGCUUCAAGUGUGGAAAGAGUAAGUCGGAGUAGCAACCUUACUUCACAUCAAAGAUGUCACACAGGGGAGAAACCUUAUAAAUGCUUGCAGUGUGGAAAGAGUUUCAGUCGGAGUAGCAAGCUUACUUUGCAUCACAGAACUCUUACAAGGGACAAAGCUUAUCAAUGCUUGGAGUGUGGAAAGAGCUUCAGUCAGAGUGGCCACCUUACUUUGCAUCACAGAAUGCAUACACAAUGCUUGUAGUGUUGAAAGACCUUUCAUCAGUAUGGCUACCUUCAGGCACAUCAAAGCAUCUGUAUAAGGGAAGAUAUGUAUAAAUGCUUUGAAUGUGAAAAAGUUUUAAGCAGAGUUCAACGCUUUCUGUGCAUCAAAGGAUCCAUACGAGGAAGCUGGGCUACCAACAGGUGUUUUAUGGGCGUUUCAGACCCCCGAUAAUCUUCUUCUUUUAGCUUAACCACAGAGUGUUCCACUUCCCUUCACCUGCUAUCUUGGUGACCUGUCAGUUUCUUCUUUGCAGAGACAGAGAGGUUUUGGCUUUUCCAGAGAUGGGUGAGCAUCCAAGAUGGAUGCUGAGGCCAAUGUGGCUGCAGAAGCCAAUAUGGCCCCUCCAUUGUCCAGUUUCCCCCCAUCAUAUUCCCCCCUCUGGUAGUUUCUAGCUGCCAAAUUCAAUAUUCAAUUAAUGACAUUUCAUGUAUUACUUUAUCUACUUCCUCUACAUCCUCCCCCUCUGUCACUGUUACCUCCAUGUGCAUAAUUCGAACAUCAGUUUUUGUGAUGGAUUUAGUAGUCUUUGUCACACAGCGUCUAAUACAACGUAAAACCAACUGGAUUAUUACAUAUAUGAGCACCAGCAAGCAUAAUCCCAUGACAACUUAUUUUAGCAGAUGUUUUACUAGGCCUCCUAGCCAUCCACCUGGAUUCUGUAGCUAUGCCCACCAAUCAAAAUCACUACUCUGGUCAACAUAAGGUCCUUCUGUGAUUUGCUUAGCAUGAUGUUGGGAAGGAAACUUUGGGCCUAGGAAAUACACAAGUGAACCAAAGUUGCAAAGCACGAUGGAACCCGGAUGGGAGGGAGAACACAGACACUCUAGGUUUCGUUUCUCUUCAUGGGAAUGUGGCCUCGGAGGUGCCUGCAAGUCGGCAAGAAUGUUUUGAGAAGAUAAGAAACUGAGUUGUCCUUAACUGUUUUAUUCUUGCAGCACUCAAAGCAUAAUUACACCCACGUAUCUUUCAUGUAUGAUUAAGGCUUUGUAUUUCUCUCUAAAUUCCUUCUGGGUACUCCCUUUGAGUAAUAAAACCUCGUAGUUUCAUUGGUAAGAGGGCUCCUCAGGGCCAUAUGUAUUUUCUUGUGUAUAUGUUCCCAUGUUUAUGGCCCCCAGAGGCGUCAGUUACUCGCCUCAUCCCUACCCUUAUCUCACAAUGUAUGACUCAGUUCCCCAAAGAUUCAAGGAAGGAACGUCCUGACUUUUUGAAAUGUAACAGGGGCCUGUUACUCAUCUCUGACAUUGUCACUGAUGUUGUGAUACAUUUUGUAUAUGGCUGCUUCACUCCUGAAACCUAUAUAUUGGCACGGUAAAUAAUAAAGGGGGUCUUCAUUC